AUGGACAUGCCAGUAGAUUUAGUGUUGGUCAGGCACGCCGAAAGCGAAGGUUGCCUUGCCCAUGAGCGAAGCAAGCAUGGAGACGACAGUGACUGGCAGAACCCUGACUUCCGCAACCGACACACCAGCCGCUACCGCCUCUCCGACAAGGGACGCAGCCAGGCCCAGAUCGCAGGACAGUGGAUCAAGGAGAACGUGUCGAAGAAGUUCGAUUGGUACAUCUGCAGCGAGUACGUGCGCGCUAUGGAAACGGCGGCGCUGCUCGACCUUGACAACGCCCAUUGGCACACCGAUUUCUUCUUGCGAGAGAGGGACAGAGGUAUCCUCAGCAAUCUCAGCCGCAGCGAAGUACGCACCCGCCAUCAAGAAGAGCUCGCCCGUGAAGAGCUGGACCCCUUCUACCACGCGCCCCCUGGUGGCGAGUCCAUAGCGAGUGUGUGCAUGCGCGUUGCGCGAGUGGUCUCGCACCUGCGACAAACCUGCUCGGGCUACAAGGUCUUGCUCGUGUGCCACGGUAACAUCAUGUGGGGCUUCCGUAUCACUCUCGAGAACAUCAAGCAGGCCGAAUUCCUCCGCAUGAUCCAGGACCCCCAGGAGAAGAUCCACAACUGCCAGAUCCUCCACUACUCGCGACGCAACCCCUACAAUGGGAUCGUGGAGUCGGACAUCAACUGGAUGCGCUCCAUCUGUCCCUGGGACGAGAAGCCGGACCAUUCGACGUGGCAUCGCAUCGUGCGGCGCACGUUCAACAACACCGACCUGCUGGGCUUGGUGGCCCACAUCCCGCAGGCGGUCAACAACCGGCCCGAGGAGAUGGACCAGCUCAGCCCCAAGAGGUCGACCACCUUGCCUGCGCUCAGCCAGAAGUCGUCGGCCACCACCAACAACAACGACGGGGAAGGCGCUGAUAACCUGGCGAGCGAGCAGGGCAGCAACAACACCAGCCUCAAGGCGGUCAACCAGGACGGAGGUGACAGAGGGCGGCCGCGAAAGUAUUCCCUCGCCGAGUACUGA